CUGCCUCUAUCCAAUUCUGUCGUCCCAUACACUCCACUCGCCCCCUUGGUUCUCACUUUAAGCAUCUUGUCUUUGCUUCUUCAUGGAGGCAGACGAUGGUGACCUUCUUAUAUUAAAAAAAUGGAGGCGGGCUUACAGUACUCACCUCACCUGCAUACACCUCCGGCUUCACUUCUUCAACCAGAGGAGAGAGAGACAGAGCUCUGGCCACCAUGGCGGGGCUCGGCACCGGCGCGGGGGCUCCUCUUGUGAAGGUGUACCAUGAGAAGUCCAUGAUCCUGCCCGAUGUGUCGAGGGUGCUUGCUUGCCUGUACGAGAAAAACAUCGAGUUUGAAACCGUCAAAGAUUCCUACAAGGACAUACUCAGGCUCCAGUCAAUGAGGAGUGUUCCGGUUCCAUUCUACGACGGACCCACAUUUCGACAAGAGUCGAGAGCAAUCUGCCGCUACAUAGCAGAAACCUACGAGCAGCGUGGGUAUCCUUUCCUCCUGGGGAAGGAUGUCCUGGAGAGGGCUUCCAUCGAGCAAUGGCUCCGGCACGAGGAGCACGCCUUCGAUCCUCCGAGCCGGGCAUUGUUCUGCCACCUGGCCUUCCCUUUCCCCGACGAGGACACGAGCGACAUCGACAGGGAGAAGCGGAAGCUGGAGGAAGUCCUGGAGGUUUACGAGCAAAGGCUUGGCGAGAGCGAGUUCCUUGCUGGGAACAAGUUCACUCUUGCCGACCUUGUUCACCUGCCAAACACCCAUCACAUAGUGACGUCCGACGAGUUCGCCUACCUGUAUGACUCGAGGAAGAACGUGCAGAGGUGGUGGAAUGCGAUCUCUGGACGGGACUCUUGGCAGCAGGUGGUGAGGGAUAUGCAGGACGUGGAGGAGCAGUACCAAAUGGAGGAACUUGAGCAGCAGCAGCAGCUGGAGCAGCAGUGGCAGUGGCAGCCGGAAGGCCCGGAACCACCGGCAGCAUAUGGCGGCCGCACCAUCCGCAUAGACCCUCGAAAGCAGGCAGGCAUGGAGUCGAGGACGAUCCUGGUUCCGCCGCCUGGCAGCGGUACAAUAUCAUCCUCAUCUUUCACAGUUCAACCUCUUCCCGCAGAAACAACCUCUCAUGGCCCAAAUUCACCUGGCAAAAUGAAAGAAAGUAACUUCUUUCCUACCACUGAGAAAACACCAGCAAAGUCAAAGCAAAGAAAUCCCACCACUCAGAAGAAACCAGCUGCUAGCAGUGUUGAAACAACUACUAGUAACUUCUUUACCCCAGCUGCCCCUCCUAGCACCACCAAAAUGUCUCAGAGAACUGAUGCCGACAAACCCACCUCCAAAGAUGCCUCAUCUCCAACCAGACCCAGCCAAGGAUCAUCCAAAAAAGCUCCUGAUAAGCUCCAUCUCUCUGAUGAUGAGGCAGCAACCCUUAGCAAACCUAUGCUUUCGCAAGAAGCCCGCAAACCCACCGACAAAACUCCAUAUUCGCAACAGCCCUCUGAGCAAGCGAAGAAGGCCGCGGCUGAUCAAAAGGAUGCUGCUCAUUUGCCAAAGCAUGUGGCAUUCAGAGACAUUCAGAACGAAACUGCGCCGCAAGCUAGAAGCCGUGGUGCCAAAGACAGCACCAAAGAAGGUAGAGAGGCUGAUCAGAAGAGGGCUGCAACAGCACUAACCAGGGAACUGCCGCCGGGUUCUCAGAAUACCCCUCAAGCACCGUCAGCUGAUCCGAAACCAUCUGACUCGGCACCAAUGAAAGAGGGUGCCAAUAAUGAAGAUGACCGGUUCUCAACUAAGAGGCUCAGAAAAAUGCUUGAGGAAAGUGAUCCAGCAGUACUCAAACCACAGUCGACAGAUAUGCAACCCCCUCCGGUACAGGCAGACGGCGCAAGAGAUCCUCGCACUCCAGUCACAGCUGAUGAAAGGAGAGCAACUUCACCGCCGAAAGGAGGGGUGGCUGGGGAUGAUCGUGGUGCCAGUCCGCCACGAAAAUCACCAUCCGCCAAUGAGCGACAAUCAUCCCCACAGAUGCCAAGCCAAUCACCACCUGGUGAAAGCGCAACACCACCAGCACCACUGCAAGCACCAGCAUCUGAUGCUCCUGGGGAAAAUGAGGCAGUCAAACCCUCAAUUGCCGAUCCAAGAGGUAUAUCUACUACGCCAAAGAGACUAGCAUCAACUCCUGGAACUCAACGUCAAACGGCUACCGCAACAGACCAACUUUCAGACCAAGCUCCAGCAGCGUCUUCUUUUGCAGAUAGAAGGAACGAGAAGACUGGCAUUGAUGAAGCCCGUCAAACCGCCACAGUGGCACCUGAUGUGCAGCCUGGUGGGAGAGCUCCCAAUAGUUCUGGGAGUAAGCCGAUAUCUUCCAAGGAUAUUAGCAAGCAAACAGAUGAAACAUUAUAUUAUCGCAGCUCAGAAACAUCCAGAGAAAUGCCAUCAUCAGCCCCUGAGAAGAGCAUGAGACAACAACAGUUGCAAAGUGACAAGUCCAUUACAUCACCGCAAGGCAUUGGGAAGCAAGGUUCUGAAGCUGCACCGCCGGUGUCUGGAACCGAGAAACCUGGGAGAACUCAAGGACAAGAUUUAGUAGAGUCUCGGGAACAAACCUCCCCUGAUACUCAGCAGGUGAAAAACAACAGAAAUAAUAGCAAAUCGGAUGGCUCAAGCAAACCCACCCAAUUUGAUGGUAAUAAAGGUGAUGUCCCUGAGUGACAGAGAGGCGGCUCGUCGACCAACCUAUAACAUGUUUCUAUCACGUCAUCCGGUUGCAGCUUCGUUGUUGUCGUCUUAUCUACCUACCUAGUUUAACAUGCUCGUUAAUAAGGUCCAUUAUCUGUCACCCUUGGACCAAACCAUGCUAGCCAAUUUGUCUACUCCACCUGGUAUAUCGUUACUACUUUUCAAUGGUGCAUUUGUUUGCUGUUCUUUUCCUGAAAAAUGACUUGUUUAGAUGGUCCUUGCAUUAGUACUGUUUUGAAUAAUGUGAGUGCAA